CUAGUUGUUUACAUACCCCUGUACUAGAAUCCUUGCCAUUUUUUAGACAUCUCCCAUGCGUACUACAGUGCCUGCCUUUGGCGAGAGCCAGUUUACCUGUUAUUUUUGGCCUAUACUCCACUAUCCAUGAGCUUAUCCACUGUUUAGCUGUUUAUAGGCACACAUCAGCAUCUUCAAAGUUUUUUUCCUUUUACUUCUCUCAAUCCUUACGUUUUGUUUCUGUGGACGCAAAACAUCAAACGCCUGGAUUCUUUAUCACAAGAUAUGGUUGAACUACGAAAGCGCAAGGCGCCAGCACAAGCCCCUGCGCCAGAGCGAAAGGUCAAGAAAGUUCAGGAAUCCACGAUAUCUCGAGAACCGGAUGUCCCUAAGGCCAGUUCCAACGAUAAGGCUCCAAAAGUUGGCGACAAACUAGACUUGGACAACUUUGGUGGUGAUAUUGAGACUAACGAUGGCCAAAAAACCACGCUGAAAGAUCUUGUCGAUGCUAGUAAAGCCGGUGUCGUGCUGUUCACGUACCCCAGAGCUUCAACCCCAGGCUGUACCAAACAGGCCUGUUUGUUUCGUGACAACUAUGACUCUAUCACGGAGAGUGGUCUAUCGAUCUACGGCCUUUCAGCGGACUCGCCGAAGGCAAAUACCACGUUCAAGGCUAAACAAAGGUUGCCAUACCCUCUUCUCUGCAAUCCUACCGCUACAUUGAUAGCAGCUCUUGGACUCAAAAAGUCGCCAAAAGGCACAAUUAGAGGAGUCUUUGCUAUCGAUAAACAUGGCAAAGUCUUGAUAAUACAGGCUGGAGGCCCUGAUGCAACGCUUGACGCUGCACGAAAACUGGUUGCAGAAUUGAAGGAACAAAGUUCUAAAGACGAAACCCGGCACGCGAGUCCACCAGCUAAGGCUGAAUAGUCAAAGUACCAGACAUAUCGAGACUUUGAAGUGGCCAAUUGCUACAAGCACCGUGUGGCAUAAGCACUAUAUGCAGUUCCAAAUC